GAGCUUGGAUGGCUGGUUAUCUGCAAGGAGCCUGGAAAUGGGGGUGGGAUUUUUCUUUGCCUGGGAAAUGCCCAGGAAGGAUCUGUGAGGUGUUUUAUGACAGCAGCAGCUGUUUGAAGAUGGUGUUAUGCAGACAGGACAAGGAGGGGUAAAACAAAGGCCAUGAUGAGUCAGAACUUCUGGAGAAGGCUGGGAGGAGGAAAUCUCGAAGGGGGAAAGAAUGAAACUGAGCCAAAACCUGCUCCAGGUGUUCGUGGGCACGGAGAGCAGAGUGGGGCACUCCAAAGUGCCCACACCAGGUGUGCCACAGAGGGGACCCUUGGCACAGCAGCUGUGUCACAGCCCUGCCCGCUGUGCUGGCACUGCCCCGGGCAGGGUUAUGAAGACAUUUUAUAAUACUGGCUUUUCACAAAUGCUAAAAAACUGGAUUCUGUAUGUAUAGUGUUAAAGUAGCUUUGCUCUACAGUUUUUAAUUCUGCUAUUAACUAAACUUAGACGUGGCAGUGAGAUAGCUGAUCUAGUUGUGCUUGUGAUAAUUGAACUGCCUGCUUAAUUGGAAUAGCAGCUAAUUAGUGUAUGAUGAAGACCCUGCUGCUAUCAACACCUACUGUCUGUAAAAAUCACAGACCAAAAUCCAGACCGAGGUGAUGAUAAUGGCCACAAACCACAGCCAAGAAAUGUGCGUGCUCUGAAAACGUGGACCUGAUGCUAAACACUUCUUAGAACAUGUAAACUAGUUUGGGGAACAGUUUAAAUAUGCCUAAUUAUGAAUAUGCAGUAGGCUGAUGCAAUAGGAAACGUACAGGGUGUCUGAAAUAGCAGGUGGCUCUUGGCUGAAUGCCAAGCACCCAGCUGUUACCUUUGCUUUAUUUUUGUAUCCUACUGUCCUUUAUUACUUUUAAAUGUUACCAGGAAAGCGAACCUCGUUUUUCCCAGCAGGAACGAGGAGGAAUGGCGGGAUACGGGCUCUGAGGGGACAGCAGGGCUGGGAGGGAAGCUGGGUCUGCUGAGGAUUUAAAAGUGCUCUGUGAGGGGACGGCAGUGGAGCUCCGGGGAACACACAUUUUACAGAAAGAUGAGGAGAUGACGGUGGGAAACCAGCCCUGCUGAUGCCAGGGGUAAUGGCUGGGAGCCGCUGAGGGGAGGAGAAAGGCGAGGCCGGGGCGGAGAGGCCUCGGCCCUGAGGGGCCGCCCGCCAUGUUGUUUGCCGUCUCCAUAGCAACCGCCUGCCGGCGCCGCCAUCUUGUUUACCGUCACCACAGCAACGCCCGCCAUCUUGUUCGGCGUCCCCACAGCAGCGCUCCCGGCCGGGCCGAGCCGAGCCGAGCCGGGGCCAUGGCGGGCGCGGGGCGGCUGCACGACCUGGACCUCAGCGCCGAGGAGGCGGAGCGGCUCCGGCGCGCCUUCCGCGACGAGCGGUUCCGCGAGCUGUUCGCGGAGUUCGCGGCCGAGCUCACCGACCCCGAGCAGCGCCGGCUGUACGAGGAGGAGGUGGCGGCGCUGGAGCGGGAGCGCGGCGUGGAGGUGCGCUUCGUGCACCCGACGCCGGGCUUCGUGCUGCGGACGAGCCAGGAGGGCUCCCGCCGCUGCUACAUCAACGUCUGCAGCAACGCGCUGAUGGGCGAGCCGCGGGCCCGCGCCGAGCGCGGCGGGCAGCGCUGGGAGCUGCCCUACAGCCUGGCCCCGGGCCGCGAGGAGCUGCGCCCCGCCGGCCGCCGCCGCCUCCUGUACGACGUGGUGUUCCACCCCGCCGCGCUGCGCCUGGCCGCCCGCAGCGCCCGCUUCCGCCGCCUGCUCCGCGACACGGCGCUGGACGCCGUGGAGAGCCACUGCGGGGUGCGGCUGGACCGCAACAACGCCACCGUCCUGCGAGGGGUCUCCUACAAGGGCGUCCCCCAGGCGCCCGUCAUCCGCUCCCCGCUGCCCGGCGGCGCCCCGAAGCCGCCCGACGACGGCGAGUCCCCGCUGCCGCCCUUCCCCUUCCCCUUCCCGCCCGCCGCCGCCCCGCCGCCCGCCGCCGCCGGAGGCUCCGCGCCCGCCGCGCCGCCGCCGCCCUCCGGCCCCACCACGCCGCGCUGGAGCAUCCGCCACCGCUCCUACGUGGACCUGCAGGACUACCGGCACUGCCGCGACUCGGCGCCCAGCCCGGUGCCGCGGGAGCUGGUGGUGACGGUGGAGCUGCCGCUGCUGCGCUCCGCCGAGCAGGCGGAGCUGGAGAUCCGCGGGCGGGAGCUGCGGCUGGACUCGCGGUGUCCCGCCUACCGCCUGCGCCUCCGCCUCCCCUACGACGUGGACGAGAGCGGCGGGCGAGCCGCCUUCAACCGGGCCCAGCGGCAGCUGCAGGUGACGCUGCCCGUGGUGCUGCCGGGCCCAGCCGGGGAGCGGCUGGAGGGGGACGAGCCCGCUGCCGAGGGGCCGGCACAGGCAGGGCCGGCGGAGGCGGGCGGCGGAGCGGCUCCUCCCCCGGAACUCGGGCCUGGCGGCGCGGCCCGCGGCACGUGUGGCGGCGGGGAGCCCGGUGAUCCGCUCGCCGAACCCCCGGCUGCCCCGCUUUGUGAUCCUCCCGCUGGUCCGUGUGCCGAGCCCCUCGCUGAACCGCCCUUAGAGCCACUCUGUGAUCCACCCGCGGAACCCUCGGGUGAACCGCACGUUGAUCCAGCCUCUGAACCGUGUGCUGACUCCCCUGCUGAACCAGCCACUGAUCCAACCUCUGAACCAGCCACUGAUCCAACCUCUGAACCUGCCACUGAUCCAACCUCUGAACCCCACGCUGAACCCGCCACUGAUCCAACCUCUGAACCUGCCACUGAACCUGCUACUGACCCAACCUCCGACCCCUCUGCUGCUCCAGCCACUGAUCCGACCUCUGACCCCCCUGCCGCUCCAGCCACUGCCCCCCGCUCUGAGCCUUUCCCCGAAGCCGCCGCUGAUCCCCCCGCAGAAUCCCCCACCGAGCCCCCGGCCCUGCCCUGCUCCGGUGCCGCUUCCCCCAUCGCCAGCCCCGAGCCAGCCAUGCCCACCGGGGACACGUCCCCGCAGGUCCCCGAGUGCCACCCCAGCGAUGUGCCCACCUGCCCUCCCUUCCGUGCCCGGCAGGACGAGGCGUCCCUCACGCUGCUGCUGCCGGUGCCCGGCAUUCGGCCGCAGAGCCUCCGCGGGUUUGUGGGCACCCAGCACUACAGCCUUUCCUUCCGCACGGCCGCCGCCGCCUUCGCCCUGUUCCUGCGCUUCCCUGCCGCCGCCGCGCUGCUGGCCCCCGAGAGCAGCGUCAGCGUCUCUGCCCACAACGCCGUGGUGCGGCUCGCCAAGGCCCCCGGCAGCACCGGCCUCUGGGACAGGUUCAGCUUCGGCCCCGAGCCCUCCGCUCUGCAGGAGAGGUUGUUUGUCAGUGAGGAGAACGUUGAUGGAUUUCUAGGCACUGCUUUCUGCCCUUCCCCUUGCUCCCAAUCAGCACUGGAAAGGCAGCCAUUAAUUGAAGUGCUGGAUGUCACUGAGGACAGAAUUCAAAUCAGGGUGGAGCCCCAGGAACGUGAUGGACAAGGAACGCUCGGCAGCUCAGGGGAAGCCCUUGCUGGAGAGGCCGACAGCAACUACCCCGAAACAAAGGCAGAAACGAAGUGUCCUGCAGCUGAGGGAGGUGCUGCAGGAUCCAUCCCAGCUCCCACAGCUGGAACAAUAGGAACAGCGGCCGUGCUUCACCCCAAUUGUUUGCAGCAUGAACCUCCUGCCCCCGGUUCAGCGAUUCCCGGCGGAUCCGGGAGCGCGGAGCCCGAUUUAGAAAGUGCUGCUGCAGCAGGAGCCGCGGCCCCAGGCUGGGGAAAAGCAGGAGGAGUGCAGGGGGAUGGGGAUGAGCGGGAGGAUGAGGAGGCAGCCCCGGGGCUGGGCAGCAGGGCAGGCUCCCCGGUGCUGCGGGAGGUGAACCCCCAGGACGGCAGCGAGCGCGUCCUCCGCGAUCACCGCGCGCGCUGCCCCGUGCACUUCCACAGCUCCCUGCUCUACCAGCUGGAUUAGCUGCACUGGUUUAGGGGUUCCUUCUGUCCUUUGGUGCUUGCUCUGAUUUCCACGUGCCACGGGUUCCCACUGAAACUGGUGCAACACCAAAGCUUUCCGUUGUUAACGUUUGAACAGUUCCCUAAUCUAUGGCGAUAGUUUUACUUUUAAGAAAAGUUGCAGCUGGAGGUGACUCUGAGCUCCUGGAAAAAAAAUGUAUCUUUAUUGUUUACAUAAAUGUUUUAUUCUCUUCCCACGUUUCAGGGAUUAUUUGUAUAUAUCCUCAGUCUAAUGGCUCCCUCGGGAAUUGAGCAGUAGUCAUCAUUUUCCAAACCUUUCAUUUUGUGAUAACUGCAGGAUUAGACUCGCAGUGAUUCUUAGCAAUCAAAUGAAAUUUCUAAUUACCCGGAGAAGUUCUAAUUAGUCUCCUAGAAAUAAUCAACAUUUAUACCCUGUAUUCCAUCCUAGUGCUGUGCUUCAGAUCUGCAGCACCCAGAUAUCCCCCAGCUGAACAAAUUCCAUUGCACAAGAACAUCCUCUGGGUGCCUGUCUGCUCUGAAGUAUUUACAGUUGGUGAAAUGGAUUCUCUCUAGCCAGAUUAGAUUUAUUUUUCUCAGUUUCCCUCGAGUUUCAGCGUUUCUCACCUCCCUAAAGCAGACUAACCAAGAGAACACAUCUAAUAAUAAACUUCCUCUUCCCCUUUCUCACUGCUGCUGAACCAGCUUCUGGUUUUGUUUGAGAGGUGCUUUAGAGGAGUUAAUUUUGCCUGGUUUCGGGGCUGCUCCGGCACUGCUGUCACAUUUCUGUGUGAAACAGUCUGGCUGUGUGGUUUCAGAGUCCAGCAGCAGCCACAGCUGCCCAAAACACCUGCCCUGCCCUCCCUGGUGGCACAUCCUCUGGAGCUGUGCUGGGCUCAGCUUAACCCCCCCAGCUUUUUGGGAGAGGCCUCCGAGGGUGAGGCAGCACAGCAGCAGCCCCGGCCCAGCGGAACAGAACGCGGAGCAAUCACCUUGCACAACUGUGGUUAAAUAACCCCUGGAAAUAGAAAAAAAGCAGCAUUUUCUUUCUCUGACACAUUUCUGUGUUCUACAAAAGCUGCUGAGGUGCUUCUGGCACAGCUGAGUCCACAGAGGAGUGGCACUGAAGCUGCUGGAGCAUUCACAGACGGCUCGGUGGCCCCAGCUCAGCCCUUCCCAGCACACAGCAGCAGUUUGCACACGGCUAAUUCGAAACAACUUUUAAAAAAAGAAAUCCAAACAAAAGAGGUGUCGUCCCACCAAUUUGCUACUCUUUUCUGCCUCAAUUAAUGAGUAUCAUUAAAAAUUUAAUGAAGUUAAAUGCACACUGCUAGAAGGAGUGAUGGCACGUGUCCAGCCCUCGGGAUUAAAGAAG